AUGGCGGGUUCUUCCAAAAGCGUGCGUUUUGGGGACUCUAAGUUUGAGGAAACUCUACGACAGUGGUAUGAGGAACUUGAAAGUGAGUGUAGUGACUAUGAGGACUACAAAGACGAAGAUUUUUCCCCAGAGAGUGACCAUAACUCUGAUUCUGAGAUGGAAGAUCAGGGGGACAAUGCUGAACAACAGAAAAGUCAUUCUAAUGGUGAAGAAGAAGAGGAGAUGGAAACGACGAACGGAACGUUUUAUUUUGGUAAAAAUCGAUACAAGUGGUCUGCUGUUCCGGCCAACCCAAAUUUGAAUAUCAGAACAAAAAAAACACAAUCUGGUGAAAGUUCUUCCGGGGCUGAAAGGACCUGCAAAAUGUGGUGAUGUCGCUGAUCCGUUAAAAAUAUGGAGCUAUCUUUUCACAGAAGACAUGGAAAAUGAAAUAAUUCUGCGGACAAAUGAAAAGAUAUUGAUAUUCCAAGAUAAAUUUAGUAACGCUGAUCGAACGGAACUGAGAG